UUUUUAGUAGCUACCCGAUAGUACGACCGCCAGGUUCCUUGAAAAGUUUCGCUUGCAGUAAAUUGCAUUAAGUGUUUAACUAAGUGUCUACAAAAUGAAUAAAGUGCUAAUUUUUACCAUUAUCUUCCUUAUUGCUUGCUCUUGGAUUGGUUUGACCACAUCUCUCGACUGUUACAUUUGCGACAGCACUUCGGGUCAGAACUGCAACGACAAACAAUCGGCGACAUGCGAUCCGGAAUUGGCUCAGCAAACGGUGAAUUAUAUGCGCAAAUAUUUAUAUGUGAAUGAAACCAUAUUAAAUACCACCAGUUCGACAUAUAGUUGUGUGGUUGAGGAUAUUUUAAGAAACAAGGGCGUUAUGCAGUUUUAUUACGGCUGCUCUUACAGCAUUAUAGAUUUGUGCUCAUUCAUGGCUGUUGGAUUCAGCCAAUAUCAGGUUUGCUACAAGUGUAACACGAACGAUUGCAAUACCAAUUUCAACAACAGCUAUUACAAUAACAAUGGCAACUACAGUUCAACGUACAGCUUUACCUUGACAGCGAGCAUUAUCUUGACUUUGAUAGCGAAACUCUUUUGUUACUGAGUAAACGCAGUGAAGCGGUAUUACUAUGUAUAUUUAGUAACGCAUAAAAAUUGCAGAGCCAUUGAUUCAAUUAUUUAUUGUUAUUAAAAGUUUUAUGAACUAUU